AUGGGAGGUGAAGAUGAAGAAGCUGAAGAUGAAGAAGCUGAAGCUAUCCCACAUGCACAGACAGAACAAGGGGGAAACCAAACUCAACCUGAAGCUGAAGAUAUGGCACAUGAAAGGGCAGAACAAGUGGGAAACCAAACUCUACCUGAAUCAGAAUAUAGAGGUUCAGUUGACUCACGACAUGUGCGUGGGAAUCUAGACGAAGAGCCAGCUGAUCCUAUUUAUGACGGUCCCUACUACGACCCCAGAUGUGAACAUUCUACUCUAAAGUUCACAGUGGGAAUGAGUUUCAAUUCCCCGGAGCAGUUCAAAGUAGCAGUGGAGGAGCAUUCAAUCUCAAUUGGAGCCGAUAUCAAGUGGACAAGAAGUGACAAGAAUAAGAAGCGUGCUGAAUGUCGCCAGAAGUGUGGGUGGUAUAUCUACGGCAGUUGGCAUGCUCGUUCUUUGUUUAUGGUGAAGAAUCUUGGGAAGGAUCACACUUGUCCUAGGGCUGUCCGGAUGCGGGUUGCAAAUGCAACUUGGGUGGCUAAGAAGUACAUUGAACGUUUUCGAAGGGAGCCUAAUUGGAAGGUAAAGAAUAUGAUGUUGGAGCUGAGGGAAACACAUAAUGUUAUAAUUUCGAGGAGGCAAUGCUAUAUGGCGAGGAUAUAUGCCAAGCGGAUGUUAGGAGGGUCGUUGAUAGAGGAGUAUAACAAGUUGAGGAGGUAUGUUGGUGCAUUGAAAGAGCGGGAUAGAGACGGUGAGGUUAAAGGGAUGCUUUUGAGUGCUGUUGGUAAGGAUGGAGACAACAGGAUGUUCCCUAUUGCUUGGGCUGUAGUUGAAGGGGAAAGUCUUGAAACAUGGAAGUGGUUUGUUUCUAUUUUACAGCAAGAUCUUAGGACCAUUGAUGGUCGUGGGUGGACAGUCAUAUCUGACCAACACAAGGUAAAUAUUCGAUGUGUUUUCUAUGUGUUUUUUUAG